UAUCAGUCUUGAUUAUAAUACCUUUCAUAUCCUAAUAAAAUAUUUCUGUAAGGAGAAGUUGUAUUUGCUUGCUUACUGAAUGACAGUGGACAUGCACAAUAAAGGCCAUCAAUUAGAUGAGAUUCGGAGCUUUGAGCGUGUGUAUCGAGGAGAACUUCAUGCGAAGGAACCGUUGCUCUGAUACCAACUAGAAUCUUAUGACUACUUCUGCCACCCAAUUUGCACUAUCACUUGAGUUAUCUCCUUGUUUUUCUUUGAAUUCAAGAAUAUUCACUCUACUUGCUUGGACACAGAUAAAGCCUCUCAUAGGACCAACAAAGCAGAUCAUGAAAAUUGGUGUGAAAAGUUAUGACUGGCAUGAGCUUUUCCCAAAAGUACAGAAUAACGCUGGUGCAAUAAUUGCAGUAUGGGCUCCUAUAGUAGUUGUAUAUUUCAUGGACACACAGAUAUGGUAUUCUGAACAAUAUUUGGUGGACUUUAUGGUAUUUUGCAACACCUUGGUGAGGGAACCAGUCGGCCUACUCACUACCAUGUCUUGUUUGAUGAGAACAAUUUCCCUGCUGAUGCCUUGCAAGUUCUCACCAACAAUCUCUGCUACACUUAAAUACUAUUCAUUUUCAUUUUUUGUUCUCCAAUUCCAACAUUCUAUUGUGAACUACUUUUGUUGUUCCUGUUCUUGACCUAAUACAGGCAUUUAAGAGGCAUAAUGUUAUGUUUUUUUUUUGUAGGAUGGAAGGAGCAAUGUGCCAAGUACUCUCCUUACUCCACAUACUUUGAGGGCAGACUCAGCUCUGCCAUGCCCAACUUUGUGUACAACCAAAGUAACAACUCAGAAAAUGGAAACCAUUCUAACAUCAUCUGAACAGGAUCUUGCAGGCAAAGGACACCAAGUGAAUUAGAUAGAGAGGUUAAGAACUUGAAGGUGGCAUUUACUGACCUGUUUUUGAAGCAUAACACUUUCAAAGAAACUGCAAAGCCAUCGAGAUAUUGAUGCAAAGAAUGGAAGAAUGUAUUUCACUAAUUUUUGUAUACAUUUCUUGUUUUGUAUUUAGUGAUAAAGGAAUCUGAAUUGGGCAUAAAUUAUGUUGUAAUAUGAUUUCUUAAGCCUAGACUAGUAGACUAAAUAUUGUAAUUACAUUUGAGUAAUUAAUAAAAAUCUAUUUAUGUUA